AUGAAAGAAACCAAAUCCACAUUGUUGAAACUUACCAAGGAGCAAGUUGAAAAGCUAAGAAUGAGAGCAAAUUCUUCAAAUCCAACUAAUCAAAACAUCAAGAAAUCGGUAGAUGUCAAUGAAGUACUACUGCAACCAUCACCAUACAGUCGAUAUGAAUCGAUCACGGGACACAUAUGGGUGUGUGCAAGCAAAGCCCGUAACAUCGACAAUGACAAGAGCAACCUAUCAACAAUGGUUCAAAUAGUUGUUAACGUAAGACAACGACUUAGGAAACCCAUCCCUAAAAACUUUUGUGGAAAUGCAGCCUUGAUUAGCAUAACUCCGCAGUGCGAAUUUGGGGAGUUAAUGUCUCAACCAUUAAGCUAUGCUGCCAAAAAGAUAAGAGAAGCAUCAUGGAAGAUGACUGAUAUAUACGUGACAUCAGCAAUAGACUUUCUAACAACAGAAGAGGACAUAUGUUGGACGAGAACAUCAUCGUCGUCAUCUUCAUCCAUUGUUCGAGUUAAAGGCACAUCCUUGAGCAACCUGAAUCUAUCUACAGUGUCUUGGUUGUCAAUGUCAAUAUAUGAUGCAGAUUUUGGGAGGGGACACCCAAAUUAUGUUGGACCAUCACUGUUAGCUUAUGAUGGGAAGGUGUUCAUCAUGCCAGGGUCAAACAAUAAUGGUUCGAUCAUCAUAGCAAUACAGUUACAGAUGAAGCAUAUGGAGUAUUUCAAAGAGUAA